UCAGUCAGACGCCGAGUCCCGCCUUCUGAGAUUGGCGAGUAACCUAGCAACGCAGGGACCGCGGCGAUAACUGUGGCUAGGGAAACCUGGAGACUUCAGAGCAGGAUGGCCAGAGACAAUAAAAGCACGAGACCCAAAUAGUCUACCAAAGUCUCCAACUCUGAGGACGUACAGAGGCACAGAGGGCUGCUCACGAGAUGGCUUUAGACAUUCUUGCCAUGGCGCCUUUGUACCAGGUCCCCACCAUCAGCAGAAUAGGGCAAAAGACAGACCCCUCUAAAAGGCCGGCUGACUCACUAAAACCCUUGGUCCCUUCUAAGACCAAACUCACCACCAUUGAGGCCAAAAGGAUCAUGUCUGUCCUGGAUGAGGCGAUCAACAAGGUGGAGCUGGCGACCCUGCUGUCAUAUGUGGCAUCCAAUCGAGGGGAUGUGGAGGGGAUGCUGGGGGAGGACAUCAUGAGGGCAGUGAGAGAGCACGAGGACCUCUGCCAGGUCCUCCUGGACAAUGUCAAGUGCCUAAAGGAGAAAGAAAGGCAGCUGCAGGAGCAGGACGAGGCUAAGGAGGAAGGGUGGCUCAGAGACCGCCGCCUCUCCAUAGAGCUGCAGAAAUCCAGCCUCCCUCCACUUAGGCAGCAGAUCAAAGACUCCACCAAGAAUGUCCUGAGACUCUUGCUCAGCAACCCUCAAGCUGCCAGUUUCCUGCAGAUGCAGACGCAGGGCAGAAGUGCAGAAGCCCAGAGUUUGAUUGACAGCCUGAAUGAGCUCCGUGGUUUCCUGUUUGAAAAACUCCUCACUAGUCCCAUGGAAGCGAGGGACAAAGCCCAGUUCAUACAGGAUAUCAGUAAACAGAAUAGUAUGAACCAACAAAUCAUCGAUACUCUUGAAAAUGAAUUGACGGAGAGGAUGAAGGACAGACAAGCAGAGAUGGAAAAGGAGAACUUUGUGAUCCAAGAACUGAAAAAUCACUUGCACCAGGUGCUCAAGUUCUCAGAAAACAGCCUCCUUCGCACUAAGCAGGAGGCCGAGAAGCAGCAGAGGGCCGACUUCCGCGCGUCGCAGGCCAGGGUGGCCAAGAUCCAGCAGGAGAUCCUGCAGCUGCAGUCACAGGUUUUCAGCCUGGUCAUGGAGAACCGGGAGGCGGAGCAGGCGCUGAGGAAGAAGAAAUAUAAAGUGGAAACAGAAAUCGAGAACUGGAUCCAGAAAUAUGAUACAGAGAUGGGUGAGAAGCAGGAGGAGUUCGAGGAUCUGGAAGCUGUUCACAGGGAGGAGAAGAUCACGCUGGAGGAGCUGAAGCGGAAGCACCAAGUGCUGGUGGAGGAGUUUGUGCAGAUCCGGGAAGAGCAGGAGAUCAACUCCAAGAAAAGGAUGGAGGCAGAGCAGGAGAUGGUGCACAUGGUGCGGGCGGCCACACUUAUCCAGGCCGUAUGGAAGGGCUACUUGGUGCGCUCCCUGCUCAGAUCCAGGAAGAAACGGGGCAAGGGCAAAGCAAAGGACAAGGAGAAGGGCAAAGAGAAAGGCAAGGGCAAGAAAUGAGCUCUCCACCCCAGCCUGCUUCUGACCCUCAUCCUCCCAGAGACCAGCCUCGGAAGCCACCAGGAUGGACAGCACUAGAUUCAUGACUUUCAUGAUGAUUUUAUUGAAUGAAUUAAAAAGCAUUUGAAGCCACA